GACCUUUGAAGCUUACCUAGAAAAUUCAACUAGGUUCUCAGAGGAUCCACAUCUUCCGUCGGUGUACAGAACCUCCAGGUGAACAAUUGGUAGAAAUAGCCGCCCAGUGGCCAACUCGAUCGUGGGCCCGUUUCUAAAUCUUCGACUCUCUCUCUCUCUCUCCGGGAAGAAAUUGCUUAAAUCGGAUUUUUCGCUGCUGGUCAGGAAAAGGAAACAAGACACUCUUCCUGGAUUCAUAUCAGUUUCUCUCUAACUGGUACUGGUACAGCCUCAAUGGCUUCCUCAACUGGUGCCACUUCCUUAGAGCAACGACGCUGGAUAGUGGUGGGCAUUGCCCUUCAAAAUGUUCUUACCCCAUGUCUCAGAGUUAAGAUUCAGAACGAGAUGAAGCCACUUUACCAGCGUCUGGUAGCAACUGUUGGAAUAGACAAACAGACCUAUCCAACUCACCAAAAAACCAUUCCUCCGAGCACGCUGAAGUUGAACUACGAGAGUAUCAACAAUAACGCCGCCCUGCAUAAGAAGCCGCGUUACUAUGACUACCGUGUAAAGGAUGAGGUUUCUCUGGCAAAAUUGUUUAUGAAACCUUUCAUGGCGCAUUUCAAUGCAUUUGAUACAUCCUUUGACGCUUCUGCAGCUCUUGCCGUUCUUUGUGGCGCAAUACCAUUCGCUUUGGUGCGACCAUUUGCUAAAGACGUACGUUCAAAGGUGCGCAAUGAGUGGGCUCAUUGUAACUUCUCCAUUUGGACAGAUGUCCAAUACAAUGAUUGCUUCGAUCUCAUGGAGACCCUGGUCAAAAACCUUACCCUGCCUCCAGCUGAUGAACUGAGUAUCAUGAACGAGCUCCAGCUAUGGAGAAAAGGAGGACUAGACAUAUGCCUUGGUAAACCACUUGACGACACUCUUCUUCGUUUUAUCCACAAUGAUGUCCAAAAACUUAUCGACUCGUUACAUCACAACGAAAAAGAACAGGAUAAAAACAUGAAAAGCGUCUGUUCUACUCUUGCCCUGAUUAAGUCCGAGUUUGAAAGAACUAUUUUUAGCCUCGAAGAGAAACAAUCAAACCUGCAAAGCGUUUGUGAAGAUAUGAAGAAAAACCAAGAUAUGAUUACAAGACAAAUGGAAAAGAAGAACGAGGAACAAAUGAACCUUUUGAAAAGCUCUGAGACUAACUGGAAGAUGCGGCAAGAACAAUUGGAGCUCCGCUGUAACUCUCUAGAAGUUUAUGGAUCGGCCAUGCAGAGAGAUCUGGCUAUACUGAAGGAAAAACUUGAACGUUUAUCCUUUUCAGAGGAAUCUAAGGAGAUUGUAUUUGACGCGCCAGAACAAAGCAAAUGGUUUACAGGACGAGAAAAGGAACUAUCUUUUCUGGAUAAGUGCUUACAAUUCGAAAAAAGCGGUGGGUUAAACAUGGCAGCCAUUUGUGGUCUUGGAGGAUGCGGGAAGACCACGUUAGCAUCUCACUUUGCAUGGAAACGUAAAGCGGAAUACGAAGGAGGUGUGUUUUGGAUCUCCAUGGAAGAUGACCGUAGGUUUGAAAACUCUCUGAACGACCUGGCUUUGCGUUUGGGAGUGCUCGCGGAUUCAUUUGACCUCACGUUGUCAAAAGUGCUCAAUUACCUUUCGAAAAGCAAAAAGGCGUGGUUGAUGGUUCUUGACGAUGUAGACCAGCUUAACCUCUCCGACCAAAUGCGAAAAUUUUUUUGUGGAGGAUGGAGAAGGCAAGCUAUUGGUCAUCUCUUGCUCACAACGAGACGAGAAUCGAGAGAAGUGUAUGAUUCCUUUGAUGUAAAUCCCUCCAAUUGUGUGGAGUUGUUCUCAUUUUCAGAAGACGAAGCCGUAGGUUUUCUAGUUUCUCGAAGCUGCCUCCCUGAUCCCACAGGACAAGAGGAAAUUUUGAAAGAACUUGUUCGUGAGCUCGGUGGUCUUCCCCUUGCCUUAGAACAAGCAGGUGCUCACAUCAAAGCCCUUCAAUGUCCCAUAAGUAAGUACCUUGAAGAGUACAAAAUCCAGCGAUUAAAGUUGCUGAGCCAGCAUCCAGCAAAACCAUCGUCGGAGUACGAAUCUAAAAGUCGGCUGGCAGUACAUACCACGUGGCUUAUUAACUUCGAAUACGUCAAAAAGUCAGCAUAUGGGGAAGCAGCAUCAAGGUUUGUAAACGUUUGCGCCUUUCUGGGACCUCAUGAAAUUCAAGACGAGUUGAUCGACGGCAAAGUGCUUUCCUCUGACGAUAAGGUGCCAGAAAGCUCCUGUGGUCCUUUGAUAAGACAUCACAUCCUAGAAAUCAUCACAAAGUUUUCGCUAUUCCAAAGAAUAUCCUCCACAUCACUUGGCCUGCAUCGUCUGGUUCAGGAAGUUAUUCGAACCAGAAUGACCAUUGAGGAAACGGCUUCUUCAAUACUGAGAGCGGUUCGACUUCUUUACAAAUGCUUUCGCCGUUUCCCGUCACCGGACCAGAUUAUUUCAAAUUUAACUGGAAAUGUAACAGAACAAGCAUCUGCUUCUGUGACUGAUCCUUCCUUGUUCUAUGAAUGGUCAAAGUUAACCAUUCAUGCUUCCGAGCUGCAAGAGCAUUUGAGAUGCCUCCUCGAUCAAGACGACAUCGCGAAGGAAGUAAAAACAGCCGUUUUGAACAUUGAGACGUCCCGGGUCAUUUAUGAAAACGCCCUGAAGCUUAGCGUGCACGGUCAUCAAGAGAAAGCCAAAGAAACCGAAAGAUUUGCAUUUCAAAUUUUGGAUUUUGAUGUAGGUGUGAGCAAGGUAUUUUCUAAAGAAGAACUGGGAAAGCUAUUCCCCCAUACUCUUCCGCUUUCUCAACUGUUUCAAAAAAUCAUCUUUUACUCGUCACGACCUCCUGUAGAGAAUCAAAGAACGCCUACGUUGGAAAUCCAAACAAGUGCUGACACAGAUCAAACCCGUAUGCAAGGAAACACGUUCUUCAAAAGUGGGCUCUAUGAAGAGGCCAUCAAUUCUUACACUGAAGGAAUCGAAGCAAUGCAAGGAGAAACCAACCGUGAACCAUGCUUAUUUAACAACAGAGCAACUGCCUAUCUUAAAUUGGGAAAGUUUGAAGAAUGUAUUAAAGAUUCAGAGGAGUAUAUCAGAGCUAUGCCCAACUGCUGGAAGGGAUACUCUAGGAAAGCUUUGGCACUAAAUGGUCUUGGGCAAAGACUUUCUGCCUUGUGCUUCGCCGCGAUCGCGUAUCACCAUGAUGGUGAAUGCUGUCGUCGUUACGAGGCUUUCAAAUCUGCUUUCGGAGAUCUGGAUGGAAAGUGGAAGAUUUGUGAAUCGUCGGAGGCCCUUCGCAAGGAUGUAAUGUACAGCAACAACAGCAAGUCACAACCAAAAGUGGUUCUUCUUCCAAACGGAGAAUAUUGGCUAGAUGACUCUACAAAACGCCAUAACGCUGACACUGCCUUUCUAGCGUCCAUCGGUAACACAGUGGUAGCUGCUCUGGGCAACGAAGCUAAGGUCACCAUUUACUCUGGGAAGAUUAGCCUGGAAGAAGACUGCUUUUUUCGAAAUAUUACUUUCUCAACAGAAUAUACAUUGGUUGCAAGCAAUGGUAAUGUCAAGUUCGAGAACUGUUUCUUUUCGAGGAAUGGCUCAGCCGAACCUUUAGUCCUUGUCAGUGGAACGGCAAGUUUUCUUCGAUGCACAAUCAAGGGUAACGGAGGCUGUGGAAUAGUAGUACAAGGCCCAAAUGCUUCAGCCACGAUGGUAGAAAGUCAUGUGACUGGAAAUGGCGCGAUGGGAUGCUAUGCAUCAGGAGUUAGAGUGUUCAACAAGGGGCGUGUUGCAAUUCACAAAUGCCACAUCAAUGGAAAUACAAGAGGAAUCUGGGUCGAUGAGGAACAAGCGGGUGUCUUAGCAAAGGAAGCCAUAAUAACCGACUCCGAGAUUUACGACAAUAAAUACGAGGGAAUACUCGUGGCAGGACUUCCUCCUCAAUCUAUUGUUUCCCUCCCGGUGGAAAUUCGUGGAAACAAGAUAUUUCAUAAUGGCACCUUUGGUGUCCGUGUAUUCUUAAACCAUAAUGACGUCACUUUGGAGAAUAACGUGAUUUUUGAGAACUUUUAUUGGGGAGUUUGCAUCCACAGCAAUUCGGGCGGUCUGUACAAGGGAAACGAGAUCUGUAACAACAAAAUGGGUGGCAUAAUGGCUGGAUUGCAAAGUCCAGGGAAAAUCCCAUGUGUGAUAGAAAACAACCAUAUACACGACAACUGUGGUCCUGGUUUUCAUGAGGGACUUAACACCUAUGAAUUAUAUUCUUUUCCGUUGAGACUGCAAACCUUUCUUAUGAUGAAAAUGCAAAAAAACAUGUUUACGGGGCAGCAUCCACUUGACUUGAAAACCGUUGCUCCUGACUUGGUUGCCCCAGAGUUUAAGCCAAGCAAUCGGUGUUCCGGAAACAAUCACGGCUCAACAAAUUUAACGUCACACAAAUUGAGAAUAUAUUGUGCUUUUUGCCUUCGAAAAGAUGAUGGAUUAAAGUCUUGCAAGAGGUGCAUGAGUGCAAAGUACUGCGGAAAGGAAUGUCAACUGAAACACUGGAGAAGGCACAAAUACAUCUGCAAGGCCACGACUGAAAGACACUCCGUAGAAAUUUCCUUGCAAGUUUCUCACCCUUACAACAAGUUCUCAAUGUCUCUUAAUCGAACCUAUCCAGGUAUGAAACCUUCUGGCCCUGACUACGCACCGUCUCCACCAAAAGACGGUAGUCGUUUCAUUGUUAAGCUACAAACAUACGAAUCUCCAGCUAACCAGGGAAUAAGUAGCAUCGAAACAAGAGGUUUUAUAAGUGAUGAGCAGGAUCCUCACAAAGCUUCAAUUCGUAUGUAUGAUCGUAGCCGCCGCCUUGAUUUCACUUUUAAUGGUAAACCUCAGCUUUAUCACUUGAUUAUGGAGUGCGGAAUGAUGGGAUUUAAGAUAAACUGCACCAAGAAACUCUUCUGUUGGGCCGCAUUCAAAGAUUGCAAGACAGUUCGAAUAUUUACUCACGAAUUCCCUCCAGCACAACGGUGGUGAACCUAUUGGAAAGCUGUUCUACAUUUACCAUAUUUAACUUAAGUGCUUGGAUUCAUCCACGGGAACGUUUUUACAGUACUUAAGCUAGAUUUCUUUGUCUGCUGUAAACUUUUGGAUUCUCAAGUGACUGAUAAACUGUCUAUUUUUUUGGAAAUGGAAACAUCGCCACCUUUCUUGGCAAGCCUGUUGUGACUGAGAAGUGGAUGGAGAAAACUAGCCAAUGUAUUUAGCUCAUAUCGAUGAGCAUGUCCUGAUUUUCCCAAAUAUCUUCACCUCGCCUGUUGAUAUUAUAGAGACGUCGUUAAAUAGUGCGGUAUUGACUUUCGAAAUAGUAAUAUCGGGUUUCUCUGUGUAUUGACCGGAGAAACAGUCAUUAGACGCAUUGGAAAGACGUAAACUUUUCUACAAGAAGGGAUUUGUAACGGAAUGAUUUCAAUGGUAUACACUUUCAAGUGCGAACACAAAAAGCGAAUUCUUUCAUUGGUUGCGUAUACAAGGCUCCAAACGAAUCCCUUGAGGUUCGCGACCAGGCCAGGAACAAUUACCGGAGUAGGUCUCAAGACUGCGUUUUAAUAAUCCCACCUCAAAACGGUAAGAGACUGUUGGAGUUCACCGUGAUCCAUGACCUCAAACAAUAUGUGGAACAUUCUACUCGAGUAAAAUCGACAAUAAGUAUCGUUAUUGAUGUGCUAAUCACCUGUGUUUAAGAAAUCAAGUUUCAUCAAGACAGCUGUAACCUUUAGCCAAACGACCAUUAUCAGAACUAAGAUGUUUUGUACGCCAGCGACCUGCCGAACCAAGCAUCGAGCCGAUCACAACAACGGGCUCCUCGAGUAAAAACAUUGUAAAGAUCUUCAUAGCCGAUCUUGAGGAAGUCGCAACUCUCAAUCGCUAGUGAAAUGGUUAUCAACAGAGCUCACCCUUGACCUGUCAUUUUUGUUUUCAAACUGAUUCGAACAGGUGACUAAGAACACACACUGGCGAUAAAAUCCAGACUUUCUUCGAACUGGAAUGAAAAUAAACGCCUUCAUAACAAGGCUACAGCAUCAAAUAGAAACGCUGUAAAGAACUAAUUCGAAACAAGCUGGCCGAAAGGCCUCCAGGACAAUAUUCCUCGAGUCUUUCCGCUGUAGAACAACGUUGUUGCGAUUUAUAGAGGGCGGAAAGGAAUUAUCUGAUAAGUUUGACAUUGUUGAUCUGCACUGAGUUAAAUUUGCUUAUGUUUUUUCUUUUACCGCUUCCUCCCUGCAAGCAAGUCAGGAAUUAGGCCUCGACCUAUUCGACCAACAAUAGAUAAGCGAAAGACAAAGGAAGUAAAUAAAUCAAUGGCUCUUAUCGAAGUUAAGUACGUCACUAAAACAAUUCAGCGGUCUCUCGAUUAGCUUACACAAAAAAGAGGCUAUCGGGCCAGCUGUAAAGAAUGAGCGAAGGAUAUGUUAUGGAGAGCGUACUUUUUUCCGUGAGCUAGGCUCUUUGGUUUUUCAACAGUAAAAACAAACUUUGAAGGCACAGAUUCUAGCUUCAAGUAAGUUCUUUGUCCUCUCAAUGGUUUUAUGAAACAGUCAGCAUUAAAAUUCUGACUACAAACAUAAGAAUGCUCGGAUAAUUAAGUGUUCUAUCGGCGUAGUUUAACGAGCCGUUUUUUCAAUAACUUCUUGUUCAACAGCGGGAGUGAAGCCGUGACAAGUUCUUGUAUUCCGGUUUGGAACUUCUAUUUUUGCAUCCAAAUGCUAUGCAGUGCUUAACCAUACUUUAAGGCACUCAAAAGACGUAAAAAUUGUCAGUAAAUACGAGGCAGUUCAAUACCAGCAACAGAACAGAUCGCUGAGCUUGGCCCGAUAGCCAUGUGUUGGUGUACGCCAAUCGAGAGACCGCUGAUUUCGCGGACUCAACUCCCGAUAAGAGCCAUCCUGCUAAAUACAACCAAACAAAAUUCUGUUCAGAGACAUCCAAGUCAGCCACUCUGCUGAUUUGGAUGUCUGUGUCAGGUUCAGAGCUGUGGAAUGUUUUUUUUCUGUUUGGCUGAGGCAAGUGCAAAGUUGCCCCUCCUUUAAACUAAGAUGCAAUACUUUCAGGACAGAACACCGUUUAGAAUUCCUGUUAUACUUCUCUUGAACUUGUGAAUAGCAUAGUUUUAACUGAAAUUUUU